ACAAGUUCCGAAACCCAACUUUAACGGAUUAUUUAUAUCCGAUUGGUUCGAAGGACAAUUUACAAUUUUGUUGACGUUUUUUUCAAAAGUCUAUUACUUAAUUAUAAAAUCAUAAUGGUUCUAAUUUUCGAUUAAGAUAUUUAAUAGAAAAGUUCUCCUUAUUUAAUUUAAUCCGGAAUCUGAGAAUCUUCCGUCUACGGGUUAUUUUAUUUUAAAAAUUUCUUAAAGUGAAAGUCCAACUGGAUUAGAUCCAAAACAUCCAGGCUUUGGAUAUCACAUGAUAUGAUGACAUUGAUCAUGAUAUAACAGGAGUUUUGUUUUGAUUGAAAUGAUCAUGGUUCAGAUAUUUUUAGCACAAGAAAAUUAAAUCACAAUGGGUCUCUGUCCCAUAUGCUUUGAAAGACUGAAAUCUCCAGUGUGUUGUGUGCCAUGCGGACAUGUAUUUUGUAAUGUGUGUAUCCAUCGGUGGAGAACAUCAAGGGAGCGCCCUCUGAGGGGAGUAUUCUUUAAUUAUCAAUCUCAGGAAACCCAGAGCUGUCCCCAAUGUCGCACUGAAAUCCAUAACCUACAGAGAGUUAGAUUUGAUGACCAUGAGAUUCAAGAAAAUGAUGAAGCAGAAAUUGAUCCUUGGGAAGAAACCGAUGAGUAUAGCACCAUUCUGAAGUCUAUAUAUAAUAUAUGGUCCAGGAGUGAUGUACGCAAAGCUUGUCUAUCUGCCCAAAAUAAAAUCUUAGCAGUUCCAUUUGUCCAAAAAUGUUGGGAUGUUGGAAAAUUUUGUGUUGGCAAAGUAGGAACAUUUGUAACCGAUUUCAGGAAUGUAGAAGGUGGUCAUGAAGUACAAAUGGAAUGGUUAAAGAACCAGGCAAAAGAGGUUUUUGUCACAGUCAAUAACAAAAUAGCCAGUCACCCUAAAGUUGAAACUUUAAAAACACAAUGGAGCAAUUACAGCGAAGACUCAAAGAGAGCAAUCUUGUUUCUGCUGGUGGUGACAUGCGUGCUGACCCUGGCCGAUGCCCAGAAUGCUGAGGGCUUCCUGCAGUCGGUUGUCCUUCCUGUCCUGCAGGCAGCCUUAUCCAUCAUACUGGAGAUCGUAGCCAUGCUCAGCUACUGUAUAACGAGGCCUAUCGCGUGUUCACUACACUGUUUGAUGGCCAUAAUAUUGAUGGUGCUAGAUAUCCUAGGAGCAAUCAUACGCACUCCUAUUGUUAUCUUGGAAAUUUUGUUAUGCCUACCUUACACAAUGAUUAUGGGACUUACUUUAUUUCUGUCCAACGCUGUUGGGACUAUUCUGCGUACUGUUUUACCCAUUGGUCUUCUGCUGUAUGCCUUUUUUCCAGGGGUACAGCAAAGGGUUAGAGAAAUAUUUGCAGGGUUACAACAAAAUUAAAUAUUUUUUAUUUUAAUAUGAUUAUUUUGCAUUUGCAGUGCCAAAAGAUUUGUUUUUGUAAUUAAUGUGCUUAUUUUUAUAUUUCGAAGUAUGAUUUUUAUUUAUUUUUGCUUUACCUUUAAGCCUUUCUUCUAUGAAUAUUCUUGCUGUUAAAUUUGAUAUAAUUUCUUCCCAAUACUGUACAUGUAUUUAUGGUUAAUUGCUGCUGAAAUCAUUUGAAAUAAUUGAAAUCUUCCAGUAAUUUUUAUUGAAAAAAAGAUAUUGUUGUGAA